ACUGGGCUGGCGGCUGUGGUGCGCGGGCGCGGCACCCGGAAGUCGGCGGCGGCGGAGGCGACCUUGCGACCCGUGCGAGCAGAGCCGCCCUGCACCACCAUGUGCAUCAUCUUCUUUAAGUUUGAUCCUCGCCCUGUUUCAAAAAAUGCAUACAGGCUCAUCUUGGCAGCCAACAGGGACGAAUUCUACAGCCGACCCUCCAAAUUAGCUGAUUUCUGGGGGAACAACAAUGAGAUCCUCAGCGGGCUGGACAUGGAGGAAGGCAAGGAAGGAGGCACAUGGCUGGGCAUCAGCACACGUGGCAAGCUGGCAGCACUCACCAACUACCUGCAGCCGCAGCUGGACCGGCAGGCCCGAGGACGAGGGGGCCCCACAUCAGUGUUCCCAGGAGAAGAGCACAUCCCUGCAGCCUUGGACACAGCAUCUGUCCCCUGCCCACAGGUGAACUUGUCACCCACUUUCUGACCACUGAUGUGGACAGCUUGUCCUACCUGAAGAAGGUCUCUGUGGAGGGCCAUCUGUACAAUGGCUUCAACCUCAUAGCCGCCGACCUGAGGCCCAGGGCUCCAUGCCCAGCAUCCGGCCUGGGAAGGCAUCUCACAGGCCACAAAGAGACUCUCUUCACUUUGCAAAAAAGCACAGCAAAGGGAGACGUCAUUUGCUACUAUGGGAACCGAGGAGAGCCUGAUCCCAUCGUUUUGACUCCAGGGACCUACGGACUGAGCAACGCGCUGCUGGAGACACCCUGGAGGAAGCUGUGCUUUGGGAAACAGCUCUUCCUGGAGGCUGUGGAGCGGAGCCAGGCGCUGCCCAAGGACGUGCUCAUCGCUGACCUCCUGGAUGUGCUCAACAACGAAGAGGCGCAGCUGCCGGACCCGGCCAUCGAGGACCAGGGCCGGGAGUACGUGCAGCCCAUACUGAGCAAGUACUCGGCUGUGUGUGUGCGCUGCCCUGGCUACGGCACCAGAACCAACACCAUCAUCCUGGUAGAUGCGGAUGGCCAUGUGACCUUCACUGAGCGUAGCAUGCUGGACAAGGACCCCUCCCACUGGGAGACCAGCACCCACGAAUUCACACUGCAGAGCUAACCCCACUUCUGGGCGUGCCCACUGGGCUCCUGGGAGGCCCCGCCUUGGGGACAGUUUGGACGGGAAACCUUCCUUGGUCAUACUGCACUGCACUGCCUAUGGCGUGGCCAGCAUCCAAGCUCAGGGCCCUGUGGUUUGUGUGUUAUCCGUCUGUGUCCCCACGCCCAGCUCAGGUCUGCCUUUAUGCCAGUGGGGAGCAGCAGAGUCUGACACCAGGUCUAGGGCUGGCCCAGAUAUACCAUGAACAUGUGGAUACAUCUGAGCCCACUCCUGCACAUGUACACAGCCACACACACAGCACACCCAUACACUCCUGCACGUGCGCAAGCACGCACACACAAGGCACAUACGUGCACACCGACACAUGCACAGGUGUGUGCACACGUACAUGCAUAGGUGUACUACACAUGUGCACAGCUGCACACACACACAGGUGCACACAGACCAUGUCGGAUGAGGCAGCAGGGUGACUCUUACCCCUCAUGUGCUUUUGGCCAGUGGGUUUUUGUUCUGAUCCAACAACAGGAGUAGGCUGGUGUUUAACAGCGGCCCCUCCUCUCCUGUGGCCACAGAGCACAGGUGUGCUUGGAUUCUUGACAAGCAGAGCUGCCCCUGCAGAGGAGACAGCCACGUUUGGAAUCGGGCACCAAGAAGACCUGAGAGAAACCCACUCUGAUAACAGAAGUGCAGACUCAGUGGCCUUGAGUGUACCAGGUGUCCUGUGUGUUGGGGACAAUACUGUGUGUGCCGGGAGGCUCCAUGUGCACCAGGGGCUCUCAGACCCCCACUUGCCCAGCUGGAGGCCAUGGCUCUGGCGGCCCCAUCUCAGCCAGCCCUGCCCUCUCCCUCCUCUUUGCCAGUGAGGCAAACUUCGUAGGAAUCUAUACCUGAAUGUGAGCUGCUGAUAAUAAAACUGAGGCUGUGGUGAGCG